UCGCGCUCGCGGUGAGUCUCUUAUUUUAAAAGCUGUUCGUCUGUGCUCCAUCAGUGAGUGUGUUUUCCUGCCGCUGGCUUCACUCGCCCCGUGCUCCCGAUUAUUUUUACGCCGUCGAGGCUGGCGGUGAAAUCCAGGUCAUCUCCGCCGGAUCACAGCCAGCGCGGCUCGGGCUUCUGCUCUCCGCUGACUCACAGUGCCAUUUCCUGAUUCCACUCUGCAGAGUGAGCUUGCGGUCUGAAGGAUGAGGUUGGGCGAAUUGAUUAGCACGCUGCUACGCUGAGAAGAGUUUAUCCACCCAGGACGAGCGGCAGCAACUACACAUUCCCUCCCAGAAUCAGCUAUCAAACACCUUCUCUGAAUCAAGUACCUGUCUGGAUCUUUCCUCAAUCGCUCACACACAGCUAUGGCUGGCUGGCUCUGGCUGGGAGGAUAAUCGGUGCUCUGGUUCCUGCUGAAUAGAGCCCUAGUCUCACUAAAGACUUUUUAGCCCCCCUCCACCUUUCUUAGUUUAUUUGCUCUUUUGUGAAGGGCAGCGGCCAGAGCAGGAGCCAUGGACUUAUGAGAUAAGAAUGGCAGCACGGUGGCUGUUUGGCCCCCAGGAGCCCUCAGGCAAACGGAGCCAGUAACGUGGGUGCACAAUCACACUCGUACGAGCCGAGCGGCUGGAGCAGUAUGCAGGAGGCUGACCUACCGGCCACCAAUGCUUUCACAGAGUGCAGAUUCCUGUGCACUAACGGCAGAUGUCUGAACCUGGGCUCGCAGGUCUGUGAUCAGCUCAACCACUGUGGAGACAACAGCGAUGAGGAGCACUGUCCCCUCUCCACCCAGCAUCCUGCAUCUGCCAUCUUCAGCUCUGAACUGGAGUUUGUGCAGAUCGUGAUCAUAAUCGUCGUGAUGACUGUGAUGGUCGUGGUGGUCGUGUGCCUGCUCAACCAUUACAAACUCACCACAUGGUCGUUCCUGAGCCGCGCUAGUCAGGCACAGAGUCAGGAUCUCUCUCUUCAGCCGGAGGGUUCUCUGUGGCCAUCAGAUAAUGGGCUGAGACAUGGAGCAUCUGAGGUGGUGUAUGCUCCUCAGCCAAGGGACCGCUUCACCGCACCCACUUUCAUGCAGCACAACCGCUUCAGACGUUUCCAGCCUACAUACCCAUACCUGCAGCAUGAGAUCGAUCUGCCGCCCACCAUCUCGCUGUCGGACGGAGAGGAGCCACCACCGUACCAGGGUCCCUGCACACUGCAGCUUAGAGACCCCGAACAGCAGCUCGAGCUUAACCGAGAGUCGGUACGUGCCCCGCCUAACCGGACCAUCUUUGACAGCGACCUCAUUGACAUGCACAGUUCAGGAGGUGGCGGUGGGCCGCGGCCUCCCAGUAGCAACUCUGGGAUCAGCGCAGCCAGCUCCAGUACCCAUGGACGCAUGGAGGGCCCUCCGCCCGCUUACAGUCAAGUAAUUGGGCAGCAGUCGGGCGUCGUACUUCACCUCCACCAGCACAGCAAUAACCCGCCCAUCCCCGUCACUGUGCAGACUCCACCCAGGGGCCGGACAGAUUUAAACAGCCCAGAGAGCACAAUAGCACUGAGCAAUGGCCAACAAAGGGAGGAGCUAGUGUGAGGGGGUGGGGCUAGCACACGUUUGGGCAAUUGCGAUCACUUUCCACCCAUAAAGGGAACAGGUUCUCCCUCUUGACACUCCCGUGCACAACAGAGCUUGAUGUUUUCGCGAAGAAAGAUAAACCAUUUGUUUUUUUUGUUUUUAAAUAACAAUAUGGAACUGAGCUUAUGAAAGAAAACAUUGCAUUUGUUUUCUAAGACCAGCUGCAUUAAAACUGGGGUUUAUGCACUGCC